GUGUGAGCCCAUGUUAACAUCACCUGUUAUACCUGUGAGGUAUCGCCGAGUAGGACUGCAUGUAAUUCGGACAAUUUACCUUGAUGGAGUUAUAAUUGUGUAGAAUUAUUCCGUUUCGUAAUUGAAAUCCUUCUCUUUGUCAAUAUGAACUUCUGCACACUCCUUUUCGGACUUUUAAUGAUGUUUUUAAUGAAUGAAGAUUUAUGCAGAGUGAACGCAAAUCAUUUAAGUGGAAGCAGUAACCGCACGUUAACAAGAGCAGAGACAAGUGGGAGGUUAGGGACAUCGAGAAGGACAGACAGACUAGCCCCAUCUCGGAGGACAGUCGGCACGGAAGCACUGAGGAGAACUGCCUCGGGUAGAGUAAUUACAUCACGAAGGAAUGUGGGAACUACCAACGCACGUGCUGGAACCAGCAAUACACGUGUUGGAACUGCCAACACACGUAUUGAAACUAGCAACACACGGCUUGGACCUGCCAACACACGUUUUGGUAUUUCGAACUCACGUGUCGCAUCCACUAAUACACGUGCCCAACCAAACACACGUGUCCAACCAAUCACACGUGCCCAACCAAACACACGUGCCCAGCCAAACACACGUGCCCAACCAAACACACGUGCCCAACCAAACACACGUGUCGGAACAGCAAGCACACGUGUUGGGGUUGCAAGCACGCGAGAAAGAGGAAGGACGGGUACUGCCCCUAAUGCAAUGGAAAACGCCAGGGUUAUCCUUACUCCAGUACAGCAGGGGGCUGUGAGGUCUAUGAGAAAUUUGCUUCAAAAUGGCAGAUCAACGACAGGAAGAGGCGGCAAUCCAAGACUAAUCGGGUUUCUGAUUCCUCGACCGGAUGGAAGAACACAGUUGCAGCUAAUGCCAGACGCACGACGCUUUCUAGGCGGGGACAACAGGCGACUCAACAGAAGAGUGAGAGCUCGCAUGCAGCAGAAUAACACAUUGCCUUUAAACCUGCGGACAAUCAUCAACGCCGCCCGUCGGGCCAAUCUUCUUCCGAGACCACAGACCGGCAGAGGCUCUACUGGUCCACCUGUGGGACGAGAACAGUCUAUUGUGGUGCUGCGUCCUCGGGACGGGGAAACAGGUGGUUUGUUGCAAGAGCCGGAAACUUUAAGGAGCAGCAGUGUCAGAAACCAGAUUCUAGACGAAAGGCGUAAUGCUCUGAGAGGUGAUAAUAUAAACCGCAUUGACAGACGACCACUGGACCCCGAUUUUAGGACAAGGUCUCGUCAGAGCAUUGCUACCCAAUCAACAAAUCGCUUAGACCAGUCGAAUGGAAGGACAAGCAUGGACCAAUCGGGAUCAGGCAGGAGAGCGAUUGCAGUGAUGCGUGAUCAAAAUCCGACAUCUUCAGGUGUUGAUCAGUUUACUAACCGAGGACCAGAUCCUAACCAAUUUGUGCCUAACAACAUUCCGGAUCCUAGUGCUAACAACGCAUUUGUAGACACAGCAACGCCACCCCUCCAGGAUAGAACCCUUUUCCUCCCAAGUAGUGUUAAUGAUAUUAACAGAUUAGAUACACAGAUAAUACCAGCAACACUGCCACUAGUAAAUAAUGUUGAUCCUCUACAACAAGUAAUCCCUGGACAGACAACAGCUCCACAGACUCCUAUACAAUCUAAUGGGGGCUCUACAAGCACCGUCUUUCAGGCUGCCUCUGGCGCUCAGUCACUUCCUGUCGAUACUAGUGCUAAUAUUCAGACUACAGAUACAUUUAUGACAGGUUCACAAACAGGCAGUACACAGUUUGAACCAUCUGCAGUUAAUGGUAUGCAAACAAAUAUACAAACUGACAUGCCACCGAUACAACCAACAACCUCUAUCCAAUCAGGGUUUGAUACAUCAGCAAGUAUUCAAACAAACAUGCAAACUGCUCUUACACCACAACCCGGUUUCGAAACACCAGCCAGUACGCGAAUGGACAGGACACAAACAUCAACACUGACCACUUCUGCCCAACAAACAGCGUUCGAUUCAUCAGCAAGUAUGCAAAAUAGUAAAGUAAUGCCGACUGGUCUAGCCGCAACAUCCAUUUUUGAAUCUCCAACUAGUAUUCAAACUGGCAUGACACAAAUACUUACACAGACACCUUCUCCACAACCACCAUUUGUUGAUACAUCAGCAUCUUUGCAAUUAAAUAAUAUAGUUCCAACUGAUUUUACAACGGGACCCGUUAUUGAUUCACCAACAAGCACUCAGACAGGUUUGUCCCAGAUCCUUCCCGAGACUGUACAGAUAAUUCAGGGCAGUUUAGAGUCAACAGCAAGUACAGGGUUAUCUCAAAUACCAGCCCAGAGUAAUACUCUAGAGAUUAUGCCACAGUCUGUACAACCACAAAACAACGUUGCUUUCCCACAGCAGUCAACUAACGUGGUAGACAGUACAAUGUCUCUACCGCCUCCUAUAUUGCCAGCGUCUGCAAUCCCUACAAAUGUCAACUCACAAGUAGAGCAAAAUAUUCUAGGGCAGAUUGACCAAUCGACUUUCAAUUCAGUUCAAUUAGGUGGUAUAGCAAGCAACACUAACGAUAUAAUGCCUAAUUUACAAGCCUCAGCACAGCAGAGUAUUGAUAUAGUUAACCGCCCGUUUGAUCAAAGCCAGUCUGUCAAUACUCCAACCAUAAACGCCGUUACUAAUCAGCUUCCGGUUAAUAAUCUGCCUAUCACACAAAGUCAGCCUGUUAGUAAUAAUGCUGUUAAUAACAUGGUUGCAUCAGAGGCUCAAGUAAAUAUUUUAACUUCUGUAAUAGAUCAAGGUGCUUCCCAAACUCAAAUAGGUACAAUACCUGUGAUAGAGAAUAACGCAAAUCUUGGUCAAUUCAGAUCUAGCGUCAUCAACAAUGCGAUAGACGUCAAACAAACACAACAAGGACAGCAAAUCAUUAACACCCAGGCUAAAUUUCCUGAUGUAGGAACAAUAGUCAGUCAGAAUGGAAAUGCUGGACAACUUAAUAUAAAAAAACAAAUUUUGGAUCAGAAUCUAAUUCAAGGACAAGGUGUGAAAAGCAACAUAAAAAAUGGCUUUGCAAGUCCAAAUGCCUUUGGAAGUUCAAACGUAAUUUUAGCUGAAACACGACGUCCGGCGGGUACUCUUAAUGCCAAUCAGAACUUGGAGCAACGCAACUUUCUAGAUACGAACGUAGUUCUAAAUGAUAUUCAAAGAGGGCAAACGAACGUAUCAAAUUCUGUACAAAAUACAAUUCAAGGGAUCUCGAAUACGAGAAAUCCAAACCCCAUUACAAUUGAGAUCACAGGAAAUACAAACAUAGCAAAUACUCAAAAUGCAGUACAAACCAAUACUCAAAGCAAUGCUUUACUUACGGAUCCAAUUACAUCUCAGACCUAUGUUCCAGCACCUGGAUUAAUCACGGACAUACAGCCAAAUAGUCCUACAAUCCAAUUUCCCCCUCAACCAGCUAUUCAAAACAACAUAAUUAGCAGUGUCAAUGGGAAAAUAAAUAAAACAAUAUCAACCAGCGUUGUAGGUGAACAAACAAUUGUCAAUAGCAACAACAAUUUAACACCUAAUCUAAUAACAUUAAACGCAAACCAAGCUACGGGCAGUAUAACAGAAAUAGUUUCAAAUAUUCCCACAAAUCCAUUAUCAACUAGGACAAAUAUUAAAAACUUAGUCAAUGAUAUUAACGCUAAUUUAAACCAAGCACAGUCAACUGGUGUUUCAGGGGGACAAACUAUAUUGCAAAAUACCAAUUUGCAAUCUGACACCAUUUCAUCACAAACGUUUAUUCAAAACCCCGUGGCAAGUUUGAGCACAGGUAUUAUGUCUAACGAGACAAGUGUUCAAAACGGAGUCGGCAAUAUUAAUUUGAAUGUGAAUCGAGAACGUGUAACUAGUGUCGUAGCAACUGCUCCUCCCGAAACCAUAGUCCCCGUACAGCCAGCCCAGUCUGUACCCAGCUCUGUAUUAACACAAAUAGAGUCAUUCAAUCAGUCUUCGGGUAACCUUCCACCUCCUAUCGUCCUAUCGAUUACAAAUACCAAUUCUAAAACCACAAUUAACACAUCUAACAAAACCGCAGAUAUUCAUGCGGCCACUAGCAUAAUCGGCAUUCAACCGCAAGGACAAGUCCCGAAUUUAGCCCCUGUAGACGCACAAGGCGCCACAAAAGUAAUGUCAAGCAACAUCUCCAUACAAAUUAAAGCCCCCUUUACACCACAAGCCCCUAAUGUCCCUAUGGACUUGCCAACUCUUAAAACAACAUCUGAAGUACUUAACGUAAGUACAGUUUAUGUAGAUAGCUCUGUUUCUUCUGGUAACGGCACAUUAUUUACUAACACCAUUAAUGAUAUACCCCAAACGAUACCUUCUCAGUCUCUAGCGAUUGGCGUUAGUUCACCAGAACAGUUGACUGGCCUGCCUGUGGAGAUUGCACUUUCAUUACCCAAUAUCAUCGUCGCCGCUAACGCAAACAUUACGGCAGGCACACCAAUGAACCAACAACCUACAACUACAGAAAACCCAAAACCGGUUGUGGAACAAGCGACAACAGCAUUCAAAACUGCUUCGAUCAUCACGGAUGUAGUAAUGCCUACAGCAGCUGUCAGAGGUCUAAUACAGACGACUCUCAACACCUCGGGACUCGUUGAAAGGUUGAACCAAAUCAGUAAUACUUCUACUAAAGCUGAAGUGUUGUCAGCUGCAGGAGGCUUAGUCGACAGUGCGCUGUCCAGCGUCAACGCGACACUAGGUAAGGCUUUGGCGCAUACAGCACAAAGUACACCGCAGAAUGUUAUGAUGGAUAUUUCUACACUGAAGACACUUAUAUCGGAAGUGUUGAGUGAAUUCUUUUCGCACCAAUUUAACCCUGCCAAAAGCGCUCUAACUCCCACUGCAGUUAUAAACACAGUAGCACAAGCAGUUGUUGAUGCACGAAAGUUUGCUUCGCCUUUAGCUUCGCCUUCAGCUUCGCCUUCAGCUUCAGGUGCAAUUCCAGGUCAGGAGCCAGUGCAAGCAAUUUUCAGCACAUCACCGCAGGUCCCCGCCGUUCCGAAAGAUUCCAAGCUCGACUUUCCCCCACCCCCUCCAUUCGCUGGUAUGACCGAAAGCAUAAACAUCCCUAAAACGGGAAUUGUAGAUAUACGGGCAAGUAAUGCUUUGGAAAACGUAUUUGUAUCUAGAUCAGCAAAUACUGCUCCCAUAAAUCCCGUUUUGAUAGGAGAACCAAAUUUCAAUAGCACAAAUUCACAAGGGGAAAUAAACAUUAGAAACAACACAACAAAUAGCCAAUCAAAUAACAUGUCGUUUCCUAUUCUUUCUAAUCAAACUGUGAUUUCCAAUAAUAAAACCGAUAGAAAUAUUUCGGGUACUCAAAAGUUAAAUGGGAAAACUAACGAAAUUACUCAAGAUCAAAAUAUUUUCAGUUCAAUACUUAUCAAAACCCCUAACAUAGAAUCGCUACGAGUUGUAACAGACAGUAGUACUCUUUUUAACCAAGAACCUAAUCAGGGAUUUCGACAAAUUGGUAUUUCUCAACUACCGGCGAGUAGGAAUAGUAUAAAGUUCGGUGUUCAGGGUACGGGUUCUGGCAUAACCACAGGGCGUUCCGUUGUUUCUGGAUCCCGAGCACAGCCAAUACCAAGUUUAACAAAUGUUAACACUCAACAAUCGUUAGUCAAUCAGAAUGUGUUUGGUGCGUUAGAAAGACAGUCAAACCGGGUUGAUCCGCUAAACGAUUUAAAUGCACUUGCAUCCACAAAAAAAACAAACACUGGAAUAGGACAGAUAGCAUCCGACGCUCAGUCAAUAGUUCCUUCUAUGAGAAAGACUGAAUUCGACACUAUGCGAAGUGAGUUCGUUAGAAACAGGAUAAACGGAGCAGCUAAAGUUAGAGUUGAAGCUUCAAAUCUUUUGGCAAAUAUACCAAACGAUCUUCUAUCUUCAUUUAAGAAUGACUUUACAAGUUUAUCGCCGUUACUAGGUGUAACUAAUGCAACACCAGUUUCCAGCGCUGGACAAGUGUCUGGCAUCAAUACUCAAUCAACGACCUCUGAAUUAAUAAGUCAAUCAACACAGCCAAAAUUCCAAGGAACUACACGCCAGUUUGCGGAAUCUAAGAUGACAACACCAUUUAGCCGUAGUACUACUCGUCGACCGUUGAGGACAACUAGCUCUCUGACUUUAGAGAAAAAUAUCGGAUUCGGAGGAAGCAGGAUGAGAUCAACCACCCGAUUUGGUGACGCAGGAGGUGUUAGUAUUCCUCCUUCUACCCCAAAUAUGCCUUUGUUCCGAUCAAUGUUUUCAGGCUCCACAGUAACACGAAAACCAUUAUUUUCAACAACCAGAGGAAGAUCAUCUAUGACAAGUGCCAACCCAAGAAUGAUAAACAGUUUCAUUGGUGGAACAAAUGUUCCAACCUCAAGAGCAUCCUUUUCACCAUCUUCGACCAUCGGGGUAACACAAAGAAGCACAUCCACCGACAGUGUUCCCUUCGUAGGGUUUGACUCUUCUUCAAGUUUUGGGCUGCUCGGUUUGCCACCACCGCCACCUUCAAAUCUUAUGGAAAUGAACGCCACAGCUAUGAUAGCGGACACUGCCAUAUCGAGUUCCCAGUUAUCUCUCAUGAAUAUGGGCGCCACAACUAGUGUCCGUACAAAUCGUCCUAUGCUGUCAACCUUGCAAACAGGUGUUACAGUAAAUCCAUUGGUACGUUCUAGUACCAUCCAUCACUCGUCUCCGACUGUCACCGCCUCCCUGAACUUUAAUACUCCAUUGGUGUAGAGUGCGAUAUCAUCAUUUUCGGCUAUAAUGCAUGUGUGUAUUUAUGUAUUCAUGAACAAUACACGGUUGUGUGUAAUGUGUGUAUGUGUGUGCGCGCGUAUAUGUACAUUAUCUUAGUGCAGUGAUUGUACACGUGCCUUUUGAUGUAAACAACAUGAAAAGACUACGUGUAUAUUUUCAAGUGUAAAUAUUAUGCUGUAUUUCAUUUAUCACUGCUUGCUAAUUCAUUAUUCUUAUCAAAUAUAUGUUCAUUGCUUUGCUUUACUUGCUACUUACAUUGUAAUUUUGUCCAUUAUUUGAAAAAAAAUAUAAUGUUGAAAUUCAUUAUUUCCUCAAUAUCUUUCAAAACGAAAUCCCUCGAAACUAAGAUUUAAACCAAUCUAGUAUAGAAAUGUAAAACUUUGUGCUGUUCAAUAGGUGCCCUUUACUUUAUCGUAACAUUAAACAUUUCUUCAUUAGUAUUCAGAUACAUCACAUUUGGUAUAUAAGUUAUAUAUAUAUCUAUAUCUAUAUUAUAAAAAGAAAAAUUCUC